ACAUCAGAGAACUGACCGCCACCAUUACAGAGCAGAAAGAAAACAUCAGGGAACUGACCGCCACCGUUACAGAGCUGAAAGAAAUCAACAGAGAACUGAUCGCCGCGGAUACAGAGCAGAAAGAAAACAUCAGAGCUUUAGAGAUAAAACAGAUGUUUAUCCUGGAAGAGCUGAACAAGAAAAAUGAUGAAAUUUCAAAUCUUUCUCUGAGUCAAGUGGAGGAGUUGAGAAAGGAAAAUAGAGACAGAGAAAUAGCUUUUUCAGCUUCACUGGUGGAAUCUGGCGUUGAAUACAUUGGUCCUUUUACCACUGAAAUCACACUAACCUACAAGAAAGUCUUCACAAACAUAGGGAACGCCUACAACCCAGUUACAGGUAUUUUCACAGCCCCACUGAAAGGAGCGUACAUGUUCAGAAUCUCAGUGUAUGGUGAUGGCCCAACUGCAGCAACUGCAGCCAUUUUUAAGAAUGGAGACCAGGUGGUUAUAGCACAUGCUUAUCACAAUGUGAAUUCGUUAGCCUCUUCAAAUGGAGUUGUGUUGGUCCUGGAGGUUGGAGAUGUUGUAUAUGUGAGACUUUGGUCUGGUAGGAGGUUAAUUGAUAACCAGGAUAGCCACAACACUUUCAGUGGUUUCCUACUGUUUCCUUUAAGAGAACAAGAGCUUUGAAGAAUGUGAUUCCAAUAAUUCUGAACCUUCAGCAUAUGAUUUAAGAUUAAAAUCAUGAAGAAUCAUUAGCAUAUGAAUUUGUCGUAUUAAGGAUUAUGUGUUUGAAAUUUUCUAUAUAUAAUUGUAUGUCUAAGAGCUGUCUAUAUGUAACUUAUAUGACAGACAAGACCCAUGAAUAUCGCAUAACUCAAAAGUGUUUUAUUAAAGCAAAUUACUAGAGAAUAAUGACUAAUAUUGUUUGAACCUCUUACUGAGAGAAAGUAUGUAUUCUAAUCAGUAUGUUUUGGGAAAGUUUUCUGGUCAGAGCUAGAGCUUGAAGAAGCUGCGUAUUUGUGUGUGUGUUUCUGGCACUCAUUCGUCACAGGCACAGCCUCUGAUGUUCUGUGAACAACUGGCAUGCGGAGGAGGUAAAAGGACAAUCUGAUAGGACAGUUGGAGCCUAGAAACUCAGAUUGGUGACCUUGUGCUUAAAGCUGUAUUUUGACUGACGUCCUGAUAAUCUAUGGAGAUAUACUUAUGACAAACAGCCAUAUGUGGGAAUUUUCUAAGUUUAUCUAUUUCUUAACUAAUCAGAAUCAUUAAUCUGAAGUAAUGACGUAGUUUAGUGACCUGUGUAAAGUUAUAAUUGCUGUGGUUUUGUGAAUGUACGGCAGAGCAGCUGACGAAUUCCUUGUGAGUGUUGAAGCUGACUUCUGCUGAUGAAACUGCAAACUAUUCUUCAGUAAAAUUUUCUUCAAUUAACUGCAUCUCUGACUCCUGGUCUUUGUUCAUCAUAUCUGGUUCUUGGGUCUUUAACUGUAAA